UAUGUUUGUCUGUAGAUACCAAAAUGUAAAUGUGUGUGUGUCAUCUAUGAAUUUUUGUGAAUGAGAGAGUGUGUGUGCGCUCUAUUGCGGCUACAAAAUUGCAAUAGUAUGCGAAACCAAAACUGCGAUAAGGGCAAAUAUUUUUCAAUCGCCACUUCGGAGGAAACUAGUUGCUAGCCUUCGUUCGAAACCGCACAAAGGGGUCGCUCUGCUGCGCUCCGUUCGCUGCGACAAAGUGUCUCUUCAGUUAAUAAUUUAUUUUACGUCGCGGAUGCGUCAACAGCGCUUACAGUCAUCGCUACCUGUUGAUGUACAUACGCGCUUCGUUUACCUGUGCCAACUGCGAAAAAGAUAAUAAACAAAAUUCUGCUGCUCUUCUUCUGCUUCGUUCGUGCUGUUUCUCCACAGACACAACACCUCAACUUUAAGUAGCCACUUGGUAGCUGCUUGGAUAGACAACGAUUGCUGCCAGUAGAUGAGACCGAGUGCGUCGAGAACGCGCAAGAUGAGUAACAACUACAACGAUAUUCCCAUUGGCAUAAGGCUGCUCCAGAGCUUCUCCCGACAAUGUCCUCGCUUCCAUGCCCGCAAAGAGCUAUGCUACAAAAUGUCGAUAUUUCUGCUCACAUUCCUUGCCUACGCCUGCUAUCACAUGUCGCGCAAACCAAUCUCUGUGGUCAAGUCGGUUCUCCACGGCAAUUGUUCCACUGUCCAACUACAAGAUGCGGGCAAUUGCGGCUAUGCGCCCUUUGAUGGGCCCGAUUCAAAGACGCUUUUCGGCAUGCUGGAUUCGGCUUUUCUCUUCUCCUACGCCAUCUCCAUGUUCGCAUCCGGCUUUAUCGCCGAGCGCGUCUCGCUGCGCUACUUUCUGUCCAUGGGCAUGAUUAUGACUGGCGUAUUCACAUAUCUAUUUGGUCUGGCGCGCACAUCGAACAUCCACAGUCUCGCCUAUUUUGUGCUUGUCCAGAUAUUCGCAGGUAUCUUCCAGACCACCGGCUGGCCAGGCGUUGUGACGCUGGUGGGUCGCUGGUUUGGCAAGAAGAAACGCGGUCUCAUCUUUGGCAUCUGGAACAGUCACACUUCGAUUGGCAACAUUCUGGGCACCCUGAUUGCCGCCCACUAUGUGGAAACGGACUGGGCGCUGUCCUUUGUGGUGCCUGGCAUUAUCAUCGGUGCUGUUGGCUUUCUCCUCUUUCUGUUCCUUGUGGAUCAACCGGAGAUUGUUGGCUGCCAUCCACAACCUGCCGCACAGGAACGUCGCAUUUCCAAUGAUUCGGAUGCCGAUGAGAACGAUGAUGAUGAGGAGCAGGCACGUCGCUCUGAAGCUUUUUAUGCCCAGUCCGGUUACGCUGAUUCCCAAACCGAUCAAAUCAGCUAUCGACCCACGCCCACUGAACGCACACCGAUCCUGGCGCGUCCCCAAGCACAAAGGGAGCACACAUCCCAUGGACGUCCCAUUGGGCUUGUGGAUGCCCUCUAUAUACCCGGCGUGGUGGAGUUCUCGCUCUGCCUCUUCUUCACCAAGCUAGUCAGCUACACUUUCAUGUACUGGCUGCCACUUUAUAUACAGUCUUCCAGCACUUUGGGUCCAGAACUCUCGGCAGAUCUCUCCACGCUCUUUGAUGUGGGUGGCAUUUUGGGCGCCAUAGCUGCGGGCUAUGUGUCUGAUCUAACCGGCAUGUCGGCCACUGUUUGCACUGUCAUGUUAUUCUUUGCGUCACCAAUUCUGUUAAUGUAUCAACAAUACGGCGCAUUGUCAGUCACAAUUAGCGUACUGCUGCUCAUUGCCGUUGGCAUCUUUGUGAACGGCCCCUACGCACUCAUAACUACGUCGGUGAGCGCCGAACUGGGUCAGCACAGCUCGUUGGAGGGCAACUCAAAUGCUUUGGCCACAGUGACUGCCAUAAUCGAUGGCACAGGGUCCAUUGGUGCUGCUGUUGGACCGCUGCUCGCUGGAGUUAUAUCCAGCCACAGUUGGCAGAAUGUCUUCUAUAUGCUGAUUGUGUCGGACAUUAUUGCAAUGGUGCUGCUGAUGCGUUUGGUGGUCAAGGAAUGCACCGCAGCAAGACGCUCUUCAAACCGCAUACGCAUUGAAUAGCAGGAGGAAGUCUUAGUUCCCAAUUCCGUUUCAGUUUCAUAUUAAUUAAAUCGCACUUGGAAUUUGAAUUUGAUAUUUUCAUAUGUACAUAGUGCACAAACACAUACUCACAUAUACACACACACAACCACAACACAUACUCACAUGUUAUGUACAAUCGCAUCAGCUAUUUUUACGUUAAAGACCACCAAUUUAUACUUGUACACUAUAUAUGUCAUAUCAGUCCGUUUAGUUAGCUGAAAUCAUUGUAUUGGCAUCGCACGAGAAGUCCUAAAAUCUUUACCAUAAUUUAUUUAGUGUAUGUACUACUGUAAUGUAUGAAUGUACUAGCAUGAUAUAUUGUUAGCCAAAAAGAAAAGAACGAAAGAAAACACGAGCUAAACGAGUAGUUAACAGUUUUAUAGAUAUUUUAUAACGUUGUGCGUGUAUCAGAGUCUCCUCGUUUUAAGUGCCGAAAUACACACUUAGAUACUAGCGUCUAGGAUAAUUAUAUAGUAGUUAUAUACAUAACAUAUUUACAACUGCUAUGUGAAUACGAUUUUCGUACACUUUUCGUACCAAUAAACUGCGACAAAGCUGUCUUUGUCUAAAUGAAAUCAAACAACUG